UGUCUAGAGCGCCCUCUGGUGUUGCCAAGGCGUAUCUACAGAACACAUACUUUGAACGCCUUGGGAGAGGCGGCCCUCUGCUGGGCAGAAGAGGCACUGCAAGGACAAGGGAGUGGGCGUGGCUUCUAGGAAAGGGGCGUGGCCUCGAAGCGGGCGGUUUAACAGCCUUUGCUGCUCUGGCUCAACCUGCUGCUGCUGCUGCUGCUCUCUUCUGCUCCUCGUUUUGGAAUGGCGCCCCCUCUCGCCCGGGUGCUGCUCCAGCACCGCGACCACUUGGUCCUCGUGGGAUCAGCCCUGCUCUUCCUGCCACUCCCUCUGCUGCUCCCAGGAAAGGAAUCCAGCUGUGGCUAUGUGAUCAUCCUGAUGGCCGUGUACUGGUGCACGGAAGUCAUCCCGCUGGCGGUCACGGCGCUCCUCCCGGCGAUGCUCUUCCCCAUGCUGGGCGUCCUGGAGGCCAAGAAGGUGUCCCGGCAGUACAUGAACGACACCAACAUGCUCUUCCUCGGGGGGCUGGUGGUGGCGGUGGCCGUGGAGCACUGGAACCUGCACAAGCGGAUUGCGCUGCGGGUGCUGCUGAUCGUGGGGGUGAAGCCCGCCUUGCUGAUGCUGGGCUUCAUGGGCGUCACGGCCUUCCUCUCCAUGUGGAUCAGCAACACCGCCACCACCGCCAUGAUGGUGCCCAUCGUCCAAGCCGUGCUGGACCAGAUGAACGAGGCCGAGGCCAAGCCGGACGGGGAAGGUAGGUCCGCCUGGAUGACCACUGCCCCGCUGCCCCGCCCCACUCCACACACAUCCCAACUUCCUUCUUCUGCAGGAAGCGAGGUGGACUUGGACCUUGAGAAGGUGGAGGCCAGGAAGCGCGCCAACAAAGGGCUGACCCUCUGCGUCUGCUACGCGGCCAGCAUCGGCGGGACGGCCACCUUGACCGGGACGGGGCCCAACCUGAUCCUGAAGGGGCUGAUGAACCAGUUGUUCCCGGAUAACGACGACGUCGUGAACUUUGCCUCCUGGUUCUUCUUCGCCUUCCCCAACAUGAUCCUGAUGCUGGUGCUGUCCUGGCUCUGGCUCCAGAUCUCCUUCAUGGGAUUCAACAUGAAGAAGACGUGGGGCUGCGGGGUGGCGGAGACCGAGUCGGAGCGGGCCACCUUCCAGAUGCUCAAGGACGAGUACCGCAAGCUGGGCCCGGUCUCCUUCGCAGAGGGCAGCGUCCUGGGCUCCUUCAUCCUCCUGGUCCUGCUCUGGUUCACCCGGGACCCGGGCUUCGUCCCCGGAUGGGCCACCGUCCUCUUCAACAAGGAGAACGAGUACGUGACGGACGGCACCGUGGCCAUUUCCGUGGCCAUCCUGCUCUUCAUCAUCCCGUCGACCCGUCCCCGCUGCGGUAGCUCUGAACUGGGAGAAGAAGACGAAGCCCCGAAGAAGGCCCAGCCCUUGGCCCCGUUGCUGGAUUGGAACGUGGUCCAGCAGAAACUGCCUUGGAGCAUCGUGCUGCUGUUGGGAGGCGGCUUCGCUCUGGCCAACGGGAGCGAGGCGUCCGGACUGUCCAGGUGGCUGGGGAGCCAGAUGACCCCGCUGAAGGGUGUCGCCCCGUGGGCCAUCGCCGUCAUCCUCUCCACCAUCAUCGCCAUCUUCACCGAAUGCGCCAGCAACGUGGCCACCGCCACCCUCUUCCUCCCGGUCUUUGCGUCCCUGUCCAAGUCCAUCGGGGUGAACCCGCUCUACGUGAUGCUCCCCUGCACCCUGAGCACCUCCUUCGCCUUCAUGCUCCCCGUGGCCACGCCGCCCAACGCCAUCGUCUUCUCCUACGGACACCUCCGCGUCGCCGACAUGGCGAAAACUGGGAUCAUGAUGAACGUCAUCGGCGUGCUCUGCACCAUGCUGGCCAUCAACAGCUGGGGCCGGGCCAUGUUCCACCUGGACACCUUCCCCGCCUGGGCCAACUCCACUCUCAGGAAAUGAAAGCCGGGGCACCAGGACCCCGAGGACCACCUGGGCCGCGCCGUUGCGCAGAAGGUGGUCCGGCCCAGAGGAUCCACCCCGCCUCCGGACCCACAAAAGGGGGGUUAUGGGUCAUGUCCCAAAGCGAAAAGGGCAAAGAGGGAGAAGGACCUCUCCCUCUCCCUGCUAAGGGGUCACGUUUCUUAUUAAAGUUCAGUUACAGACAGGA